AUGUCAGCAGACUUGCACGGACUCGUCAUUCGCCGUGACAUGGUUCGUCGCGAGGUUGAAGGCUCGCCCAUCCGUGAGUCACAUGUCCCAGAGUCACCUUAUAUCCGUCCCAUGGAGUACCACGAGGAAGAGGACCUCACCAUGAAGCGCAAGCGUGGUGCCUAUGACUCCGGAGUCCCUGAACGCGACAAUGACGAGAUGCGCUUAGAGAACAACCGUCUGCAACAAGAGAUCGAGAAGAAGGACUCGCUGAUAAACCAACUGGAGAAAACUAUCAUUGAAUUACAACAGCAGAAUCGAAAGUAA